AUGUCUAAGUCUAAACAGGUCUCCAGCAAAGAUUCUGGUAAUACUUUGGCUGCGAUAUUAAAGGAAUUAAAGGGAUUUCGCGAAGAGUCUAGCAUUAUGGUGGCUAAAGUUAAAGAAAUUAAAUCUGCUGUUAAUGACCUACGUGCUUCGGUUGAAUACACCCAAGCUGAAGUUAACUCCAUUAAAGUCGAUCUUUGCAAUACUAAAACCGAACUUGCUGAAGUUAAAGUAACAAACAGUUCUCUUACUAGUGAUGUUGAAUCACUCAAAUAUAAAGUUCUUGAGUUAGAAUGUUAUUCAAGGAGUUAUAACAUACGAAUUGGAGGCAUUAUGGAAGCUCAUGGCAAAAGCUGUAUGGACCAUGUGGUGAAUACCAUAACUAAACUUGGAUAUUCUUAAGAUUUCUGCCGUAAUCAAAUAGGAAUAGCUCACCGCACGGGUAGAAAGAUCUCUAAUCGCCCUCAACACAUAAUUCUGAAGUUCUUUAGUAGGCCUCUUAAAAACGAAGUCCUUCGCUUGGCAAAACGGAAUAAGUCUAUACAAAGCAGCAUCUACUUUCUUGAUGAACUUACUAAGGAAGACCUUGAUCUUAAACAACAUGCCCAUCCUCUGAUGGCUGCCGCAUACAAAGAAGGUAGUAAAGUGGCUUUUCGAGCUGGUAGGUUAAUCAUUAACGGAACUGUUACGCCUAUUCCUACUUGA